GGGCCUCAACUUAAUCAGGGCCUCUCUAAGCUCCACUCCAAGCCUGAUUCUGGUUGGCCAAGCUCCUUCCCUGUCCAUGGGUUUGUCUUGCUCUUUCAUCCCAAGUGUUUCUCCUCGGAGGCAGAAAAAGCCCCUGGGUUAAUUAGUACAUGAAGCUACAGGAAUUUGAUGAACCCAAAUGGGAUUAUGUCAUGUGGUGUGUAAAAAGAAGAAUGUUGAGAGGAAUUAUGAAGGGUCACCACAUACCAGAGGAAAUAUGAAGCAGCAGCUUUGAAGACUGAGCAACCAAUUGAGGCAUCCCCAACCCAACUGGGCUUAACGCAGCUUCACUGAACCUGAUCUGAGACUCACAGCUCCCCGGGAUUGCUACAACUCUAGCUAGAAUGCUGUGCCAGGCACUCCGAAGAUUUGGUAAAAAGCUGGUGCGCAAACAUCCACUGGAGCUACCUGUGGCUGAGACUGCCCCUGCUAGAAGCUUGAGCACUCUGGAUUUAGUGGUCCUGGGUGUGGGCAACACCCUGGGUGUAAGUGUAUAUAUUUUGGUUGGGGAGGUGGCUAGAGAUCAAGCAGGACCAUCUUUAGUGAUUUCCAUUUUGGUGGCCGGCCUAACUUCAGUGUUGGCUGGGCUGUGCUAUGGAGAGAUUAGUGCUCGGGUUCCCCAUUCUGGCUCCGUAUAUCUCUACAGCUAUGUCACUGUAGGUGAACUCUGGGCUUUCAUCAGUGGCUGGUUCCUCAUCAUCACCAGUUUUGCUCGUACGGGCAUUAGGAUCUGGGCCUGGACCUUAUUCUUUGACAAUCUUUUUGGGAACAAGUUCUCCCUGACCUUGCAGGAGACUUUUUUACCACAAGCUCCUGGUGUUUUUGUAGAAAUUCUAGGCUUCAUUGUUAUGUUCCUUCUUUUGUUGCUCAUGGAAUUGCUGACUAGAAACAUUAGGCAGCUUUCACUGGUUACCAAAAUGCUCACUUUGGUGAAAGUAUUGGUUCUUGGUUUUGUCAUCAUCUAUGGCUUCCUGAAGGGGGACCUGCACAACUGGAAGCUCACAGAAGAUGACUACAUAAAGGAUGGACUCAAUGACACCUCUAGCUUGGGCCUUCUGGGCUCUGGAGGAUUUGUGCCUUUUGGCUUCCAGGGGAUUCUCCGUGGAUCAGCUACCUGUGUCUUUGCUUUUACAGGUUUCAACAUUAUUGUUACCAGGGUUGAAUUAGCCCAGAAUCCCAAGUGUUCAAUCCCCAAAAGCAUUAUGAUUUCACUGUUUAUCUGCUUUUUGGUGUAUUUUGGUGUGUCUGCAGCACUUACACUUAUGGUGCCUUACUACCAACUUCAACCUGGGAGCACCUUGCCUGAGGCAUUUCUCCAUAUUGGCUGGGCCCCUGCCUACCACUUUGUAAACUUUGGAUUUUUCUGUAGUCUUUCUACCAAAGUCUUUGGCAAGAUGUUCUACAUACGUCAACAGGUAUACAUGAUGGCAAAGGAUGGCCUCCUAUUCCCUGCCCUUACCAGGAUCCAAACCGGCAGAUAUAUGCCCAUUCUGGCUACCAUGAUCAUUUUCAUAGUUGCAACAAUCAUGGCAUUCUUCCUUGGAUUCACUGAUCUCUUGGACCUCAGGUCAACUGGGGCCUUGUUAGUUUUCACUCUGCUGGCUUUUAUUGUUCUCAUCCUCAGGUAUCAGCCUGAAAGGAAGAAUGGGGGAAAAGAAGCAGAGGUACUUGGAGAGAAUGAGGGAAAUGAAGUGCAGGUGCAGGAAGAGAAUGAGGGAAAUGAAGCACAGGUGCAAGAGGAGAAUAAGGGAAAUGAAGCACAGGUGCAGGAGGAGAGUGAGGGAAAUGAAGCAGACGUGCAGGAGGAGAACAGACCUGCAGCUGAGAGUUUGACUCUGCAGGCACUAUUUUUUCCAGGCAAUCCCACCCCCACUGCACUCUCUGGCUGGGUUGUCUCUGUUUGCUCCUCACUGCUUGUUCUGCUGCUGACUCUUCUCUGUCUGGUGCUGGCCCGGUGGCCAGUUCUGCUUUCUGGAGACCCAGUGUGGAUCACAGUAGUUGUGCUGCUUCUGGUGCUCAUCACUGGGAUGACUGGGGUCAUCUGGAGGCAGCCACAGAGCUCCUCUCCCAUUCACUUUAAGGUACCUGGUCUGCCUCUCCUCCCGCUCCUGAGCAUCUUUUUGAAUAUUUACCUUAUGAUGCAGAUGACAGCUGGCACUUGGGCUCUACUUGGUGUCGGGUCCCUGGUUGGAUUUGCUAUCUACUUUGGUUAUGGGAUCCGGCACAGCCAGAUCCCUUAAACCCACUUCACUUAGGGCAAAAACUAUAGAUCUUGAACUUAGCAGAGCCAGUACAUAUUUGGUUUGAUAUCAUCACAUGAACGCAAUCUGGUUACUCUGCACAAUAAUAGGGGAGUGCUCUUGAGCACGUGGACAGCUAUGCCUCUCUUGGGACAUCUGUAGAGGAACAUUGAUAAUGCUCUUUAUUUAUUGUGAAGGAUAUUUCUUUUCUAUCUCUCUCGUCUACUUUUCAGUUGUGUUUCUACUAUAUACUGGCUUUAAAAAGUUCUUAUUGAAAGAACUAGAGGGGGAUGCCUUGGUGGCUCAUCAGUUAAGUGUCUGCCUUUGACUCAGGGUGUGAUCCUGGAGUCCCAGGAUUGAGACCCACAUCAGGCUCCCUGCAUGGAGCCUGCUUUUCCCUCUGCCUGUGUCUCUGCCUCUCUCUCUCUCGUUCUGUGUCUCUCAUGAAUAAAUAAAUACAAUAUUUUUUUUUAAAUGAAAGAAUAGAGGGGGGCCUAGGUAGGUUAGUUAGUUCAGUGUCCAAUUCUUGAUUUUGGCUCCAGUCUUAUUCUCAGGAUCCUGAGAUUGAGCCCCAUGUCAGUCUCCAUGUCUGGUGUGGAGCCUCCUUAAGAGUCUCUGUCCCUCUGCCCCUCCUCUCACUC